AUGUCUGUUGCACCUUCCUAAUUUGAAAAAUGCUACAAACAUCCAUCGAAUGACAUAGUCCUUUUUUGUAUGUCAUUGGAGUGCAGACAGCCCUUAUGCAAAGAUUGUUGUAAAUUACACGUGCAAUAACAUAAUUAAAAUGGUACACAAGCACAAUUAGAUACAGUUGAUAAUGUAAGAUAACAGCUUCUGAAUAAUGUUCAUGAAAUGAAAACUAAAUUUGAAGAAGAGAGAGCAAUUUUGCAUCAUUUUAAUGUGGGUGAAUCGCCGGAAUUGAUGAAAUAAAUACAAAAUAAAUUACAAAAAGUCAAAUCAACUCUAAUGGCAGCAGUCAAUUAAUAUUGUGUUUAAUUAGAAGAGUAAGUUAAAUAGAAAAUUCAUUUGCAAAAAUAAUCUCAUCCAGGGGAGAAAAAAGAUCUUCACCAUAAACUCAAUUAGAUAAUUCUUAGCUUAGAUUAAAAGGAAAAGAUGUUACUCUAACCAAAAUAUAUAAGAGGUUGUUUGAUGGUAAUGAGUGACGAGUAGCAUCACGAUUUUGAAUAGCUAACAUUGGAAGUUGAUGAUGCUCUCAAGAUGUAUUUAUCUAAUGCGUUUGAUGUGUUUGUUCAUGAAGAGAAGCUCUAGAAAAUUAGCUAAGCCUUUACAGAAUACGUUGACAUUUAUUAGGCAAAUUUGAAUGAGGAAUUAGAAUUCUUAUCGAAAAAGAUUAGAGACAAUAGUUAAGUUCCUCAAAUGCCUAAGUAGAAAAUUGUAUCGAAUCAAAAAAUUGCAUAACAAACUAUACCAAUUAAGGAGACCAAACAAUUUCAUUCCAUUUAUGAUGAGAAAUUCAGUGGAUCUAAUUUCGCUAAUUAAUCUCAAUUCAAAUGGAGUUAUGGAGAUAAAAAAUAGGAAUAAUAUUAUUAAAACAUAUAUUAAUGA